AAUACACCGAGUAGAAGAAGAAGUUCAAGAAGUGUAAAGAUUACACCAAAAUUCUUAGAUAUUAGCAGCAUUCUGAUGAAGUCCAUUAAGCCAGAGCCUCCUCCAGAGGAUUCAGAAAGAAAUGAAGAAGGAGAGAUCCAGUAUUUAGAGAUUCAGAAAGAGGAACUGGAGGAGGAGGAAGAAGAAGAAGAAUUGGAAGAUAUUGAAGGUGAUCUUGUAUAUGCCUUGCCCCCAUACCAAUGCUCAACAUGCAAAUCUACUUCCUUUGCGAGUGCGACAGAACUACAGAAUCACUGGGAAACACAUGAUGAGAAUGUCAGUUCAUCAGAGGGUAGACCUUUUAUGUGUGACAAAUGCGGACGUUCAUUUACAGCUUACUUAAACCUUAAGCUACACUACAGAGGACAUACUGGACAAAGGAAAUACAAAUGCCAUGAGUGCGGCAAGAGAUUUGCUCACUUACUUGGUCUGAAAAAGCAUAAAGAAAUGCAUGGCCACCUCACUUUAAAUAAAAAAUACUCCUGUGACUUAUGUGGGAAGUAUUUCAUGGAUUAUCUUGGUGUCGUAAAGCAUAUUGCUCACCAUGUAGCUGAUCGGGAAACAUGCUCUCAUUGUGGCAAGACUUUUGCAAGUCUUCGCAAUCUCCAAACCCAUGAAAAGAUACACGCGAAUGAUCGGCCCUUUCAGUGCAAGAGUUGCCCAAAAGCAUUUGUCAGCAUAUAUAAUCUUCGAGUUCAUGAAACUAUCCACACAGGUGAGAGAAACCACUGUUGUCCUUACUGUGGAAAACGCUACCGUCUAAAGACCGGAUUGGAUUAUCACAUCAAGAAACAUAACCCAGAUGCUCAGUUCAAAUGUGAUAAAUGCCCUAAGACAUUCCUGGACACCCGGCAGUUGGAGAAGCACAUGGACAGACACAGGGGCAUUAAAUUCUUCUUUUGUGAUGUUUGUGGUAAAGGUUUCAUACGUGAAAAGGGAUUCAACAAUCAUAAAAAAAUACAUGAUCGUUCAAUAAAAUAUCCAUGUGACAUGUGUGACAAGCAAUUUGUAACACCAUCUCUUUUGAGAAACCAUCGCACCAUUCAUACGGGUGAAAGACCUCAUGUAUGUAAGGUGUGUGGCAAGGCUUUUAGAAUUCCUCAAGGUUUAAUCAACCACAGGAGACGGCAUAAUCCAAGCAAAAUGUUUCGUUGCAGCGAAUGUCCUAAAAUGUAUUUAGAGAGAAGAGCAUUGGAGAGCCAUAUGCUAUCUCAUCAAGGGGUUAAGCCUUUUACCUGCCUCCAUUGUGGAAAGAAUUUUCUCAGAGAACAAAGCUUAACUAAACAUAUGACCCUUCAUAACUUUCCUGAUGCUCAUAGAUGCACUGUGUGUAACAAAUCUUUUGUUGAUAAGUGGGGUUUGAUUAAACACAGCAGUAUUCACACAGGAGAGAAGCCACAUGUUUGCAAUGUGUGUGGAAAAGGAUUUCGCAUCAAGAAAGGUUUAGAUGACCACACUAAACUUCACAAUAAAGAGCUUCAGUUCCAGUGUCCACUUUGUCCAAAAUCUUUUGUUGAGAAACGAGGCUUAGAUUAUCACCUUCGUGCCCACAGAGGAGAGAAAACACAUGUAUGUGAGCUAUGUGGGGAGAGGUUUGUGAAUCCAAAUUCACUUAAAGUCCACUAUCGCCGCCACACAGGUGAGAAGCCCUACAAAUGCUCAUUCUGUGCUAAAGCGUUCAGUCAGCAAGGCACACUAAUAGCCCAUGAGCGCUACCACAAGGGAGAAAAGCCAUACAUGUGUGGCACUUGUGGUGAGGGAUUUACCACGAAAAGUCAUUUGACAAUCCAUGUAAGGAAACAUACUAAUGAUCGACCUUACAAAUGCGAAUACUGCGACUAUGCUGGUACAACCAGAAGUUUACUCAAUGUUCAUCUGCUUCGUCAUUCAAGCAACAAGCCAUUCAAAUGUACUGUAUGUCCUGCUGCAUUUAAGCGACAGCACCAUUUAGAGGGCCAUCUACGCAAGCACACAGACAGAGAUAAACUGUUCCGCUGCUCAUUUUGUGAAACAACUUGUAUUUCUGAAGAGCGCCUAAAGAAACACAUGAAAACCCAUGAGAUUGUUGUUGUAUCCACAGCCACGGAGGACGAUAUCUUUCAUGUUAAUAACACUAAUAGAAGUGAAGGGCCAGUUGAAGUAGCUUACGACAUUAUACUUCUGUAG